AUGGCAGCCACAACCAGCUCACUUGCUGGCUUCUAUGGCGACCUUAAUCAUGUGUCUGCCUUAUGGAUUAUUGCGGCUCUUCUGAUUGUGUUGGGCGUCUACAAGUGGUCGACUUCCACCGACAUCCCGAAGAUCAAAGGACUGCCAGAAAUUCCCGGUGCUCUACCAAUCCUCGGCCAUCUCCAGCAGCUGGGUCCAGACCAUGCUACAGUGUGUGAGGGUUGGUGGCGCAAGUAUGGAAAAUCAGUCUUCCAGAUUCGCCUGGGCAACACGCGAGCCGUUGUCGUCAACUCCUUUGAGGAUGCCAAGCAGAUGCUUAUCGGAAACCAGACCGCCGUUAUUGACAGGCCAACCCUGUAUACCUUUCAUGGCGUCAUCUCGACGACGCAGGGCUUCACAAUAGGUUCGAGUCCUUGGGAUGAGUCCUGCAAGAACAAACGAAAAGCUGCUGGUCAAGCACUCGGCAGACCAGCCAUGAGAGGCUACUUCGACAUGUUCGACCUGGAAUCGUACUGUAUCGUGCGAGACGUUUUCCGUGACAGCAAGAACGGCGCACUUGAGAUCAGCGUCCGGCCAUACAUCCAACGAUAUGCGCUCAACACGACGCUGACUCUUUGCUAUGGUAUUCGAAUGGAUAACGUCUACGAUGACAUGCUGCGCGAGAUCCUGCACGUUGGCUCGGCCAUCUCGCUGCUUCGGUCGGCGUCGGAGAACUACCAGGACUACGUUCCCAUCAUGCGGUACUUCCCUAACAACGAGAAAAUCCGGCGUUCAAAAGAGUUGCGAGAUCGCCGUGACCGCUAUCUUAAUUUCCUCCUCAACAAGGUCCGUGAGAUGAUCAAGAAAGGCACAGACAAGCCCUGUAUCAGCGCCGCCAUCUUGAAGGAUCAAGAGACAAAGUUGACGGGCGUUGAGGUCUCGUCCAUUUGCCUCUCUUUGGUGUCGGGCGGUUUCGAGACCAUCCCAGGCACCCUGACAUCCUGCAUCGGCUCUCUUUCCACCAAACAAGGACAGGUCUUCCAGGAACGUGCUUACCAAGAUAUCAUGCGAUAUUACCCGGAUCCGGCGGCGGUCUGGGCGAACAGCUUUCAAGAGGAGAAAGUGCCCUAUGUCAACGCCAUUAUCAAGGAAGCUGCUCGUUACUACACUGUCAGCGCCAUGUCCUUGCCUCGCAAGACCGUUACGGAUAUUGAGUGGAACGGCGCGAAAAUACCAGCCAAGACCAUGAUCCUCAUCAACGCUCAAGCGGCGAACCACGACGUCGAUCACUUCGGGCCGGACGCCGCUGUCUUCAACCCGGAGCGAUGGUUGAAUGACGAAUACGUGAUGCGGCCUACAUCCACCCGGCCAGAAGAGAAGCCCAGUCAGGGAGUCCAGCACUUCUCCUUCGGCGCUGGCUCCAGGGCCUGUUCUGGUCAAUUUAUCGCCAGCAGAUUACUGUAUACAGCCCUCAUUCGAUUGUUGGUGUGUUACAAGAUUGUGGCGAGUGAUGCCGAGCCUCCUAAUACGGACUAUGUUGAUUACAACCAAUUCAAGUCGGCGUUGGUGGCGAUUCCCCGAGAUUUCAAAGUCAAGCUCAUUCCGAGAUACGAUGAAAGCGUGAUUCAAGACAUCAUGGGAGCAGCGGCUGAGCGGACGAAGGACUAUUAUACGGAAGAGAGCUAG